AUGGCUUGGGAUUGUUAACGUAAUUCCUAUUACAACAAAAGUAUCUCUUCCGAGUAAUGUCUUUGGAAUGUCUCCAAUGUGAUCUCCUUGAUUCUAUUAAGAACGGCUCCUCUGUUUUCUCGAUCGAUCUGCUCUCCCAAAACUUGCUUUGUGAUGUCCACUAGGCAUUCUGAUGAUAAGAUGAUUGACUUACAUUCUAAGACCUUGGAUUGUGAAACAAACAUAUAUUUAUUCGUUAAUUAAUAAAUGUAAUUAAUAAAGGAAUUAGUAGUAGGCAUCAAUAAUCCUGUCAGCGCAAUAGAACAAUUAAAGAAAUCCAUAGUGAGAGAAAUCAACAAAUAAAAUUACAAUACCAUAGACCAUACACAUCGUCGUUCUAUUUCUACUCAGGAAGUUCCUUUCACUGUAGUCAGUAUAAAGAAACCAAAGACAUAACUAAAUACUAUUGAAUUGGCUCCAUUGAAGAACAAAACCAAGUUUAUGCCUAAUGCUGCUUUGGAUUUCACCAACAAGUAGUAAAAAAACAAGUCAUUGCAAUUUAAAUAAAAGAUCUAUACUUAGGAGUACAAGGAGAAGAGCGAGUAUGUAAAAGAGAGAAGGAGAUUUAAUAAGAAUUUAGAAUGUCUUAAAUAAAACAAUUAAAGAUUUAGAUUAAGUGUAAGCGUAAGUGAACAACCACAUUAAUUGAAUAAGCUUCUUGAAACCAGAUUGUCACAUAUGUUGAAAUAUUACAAUAACAAUCAUGAUAAUUAUAUAUAUUGA